AUGCGUGCCCGCACACUGGUUCGCGUCCGCCCCAGGAGCCCCCUGCAGGCCGGCAUGGCGCUGCCGCCCCUGGCUGCGGCGCUGGAGCUGCACGCGGCGGUGCUGCUGGGCUUGCGGCCGGCUGCGCUGCAGGGGGCGCGGCUCCGGUACAUCCAGAGCAACCCCACGCGAAACGACUUCAAGGACGCCAAUUUCGAGGUUGCCCUGCAGCACUACACACGCGUCGAGGGUCGCGCCAUGCCGAUGACGUCAGCGCUGCUCGCCAAGUCGCGCCCCGAGGCGCUCGUGCUCAACUGGGGGAUGGGCACCCUCGCGGUGUUUGGGCCAGACUGCAUACUGUCGCAGGGCGCGGGCGGCGCGACGCCGGCGGGCUGCUCAGGCGCCUGA